UUGCAGAAAUGUCACUUCUUAAAUUGACAGCAAAAAACAUGCUUUUCGUUAGCAACAUUCGUGUUGCUGCAGCAAAACCUUUGCAGCGGCGAUUUUAUAGAUGGGGUUUCAAAUGCACAUCAAAUAAUGAUGUGUUGAUGAAAGGUUGUUUGUUGUCAGAUAAUCAACCCAAUCAUUUUAACUUAACUAAAAUGUCCACCAGUACGAAACCAAAACUUGUUCCUGUAGAGGAAUCUCGUCGAUUUAUGAUUGAUUGCUUCAAGGCAGUUAAGGUACCAGAUGAUCAUGCCCGUGCAAUGGCUGACCUUCUUAUCGCAGCCGAUCACAGGGGACAUUUUAGCCAUGGAAUGAAUCGUUUGGAGAUGUAUCUGAAUGAUCUAUCGAUAAACUCUACAAAUGGAUCAGCAGUGCCAGAAAUUAUUAAGGAGACACCGGCUACAGCAUGGGUUGAUGGUAAGAAUGGUCUUGGAGCUGUUGUGGGUAACUACUGCAUGGACCUGGCAAUUAAAAAAGCUAAAACAGUGGGUGUUGGAUGGGUAUGUGCAAAGCGCUCUAAUCACUACGGAAUGGCUGGGUGGUAUUCCAAGCGGGCAAUGGAACACGGUUUAGUUGGCUUAUCAAUGACAAAUACCUCUCCUCUCAUGGCGCCAACUCGUUCUAAGGAAGCAGCAUUGGGCACCAAUCCCUUGGCGCUAGGGGCACCAGCAAAAGAUGAUAAGUUUUUACUGGACAUGGCUACCACAAGUGUUGCAGUUGGUAAAAUAGAAAUUCAGAUGAGGAAAGGUGAACCGUUACCCAGUGGCUGGGCUCAAGAUCCAGAAGGCAAGGAAACCCACGAUGCUGAGUUGGCAUUCAAAACUGCUUGCCUUAUGCCUGUAGGUGGCUCAGAGAUAUCUUCCGGAUACAAAGGAUACGGACUAGGAGCAAUGGUUGAAAUUCUCUGUGGAGUUAUGGCUGGUUCAAAUUAUUCAACAAAAGUACGAAAAUGGACACAUGCUGGUGCAAACACUGAAGCCGAUUUAGGACAAGUGUUUAUUGCAGUGGAUCCUAAUUGUUUUGCUCCGGGCUUCGAAGAUAGAAUGGUUGAUUUGAAUGGAAGAUUAAGAGGAUGUACUCCGACCGAUCCGUCCAAGCCAGUUUUGGUACCUGGAGACAAGGAAGAUGCCAACAUGGAAGCCGUUAAUCAAGCUGGUGGCAUUCAGUAUCUCGAAAACCAACUUAAAUGCUGUGAAGAACUUUCCAAAAGGCUAAAUGUUAAACCCAUGAGUUUUAUCUAAAAAAAAAAAAACAACAAAGAGUUGAGAGUUAUUUUAAAAGAAAAAUGCAUUUUAAAAACUCAUUAUUAACUGGACAUUUAUAUAGUAUGUAGCUUGUUACGUAUUAUUAUUUUAUUUUUGUUUUUGUUCUAAUUAGCUGCGUUGUUAAAAAUAGAUUAGUUUCAAAUUUGAUGAAGAUCAGAAAAUUA